GCUAGUUCAUUUUGUUUAGGUCACUUUGUCCGCAAGGGCCAGCGGGGCCAAGGCUACGUCUGGGAUGGGCCUGCAGCUGCAGAGGGGCUCUUGUACUUUUCCCAAAGCCUCCUCCUCCAGCGCUCCAUCCCUCCAUCCUGCCCGGGGACACCCUGCAACUCCCCUGAGCUUUUGCUCCCUUUGGCAGUGAGCACCCGGGGGAGGCAGGGUGGGAAGAUAACGGACCCACUUGAAGAUCCCCACAUUACCUCACUAGAUAAGGCAAAAGGGAGGGAGUUUGAGCGUGGCGGAGAAGAAGGAGCAAAGCCCCCCAUAUACACACUUCAUUCGUGAUACCCCCGGACGCUGCCACAGAGAGACUGCUUCGGUGUUGGUGGCUCCCCAAUGGCGAACCAGGCGCUGGAGGAGGAGGCUUUUUCAGAAGAGCAGGGAGAGAUGGGAGGGAGAGGUCUUCACCAGACUCUGCAGUGGACACAGCCAUGCGUGAGACAAGCGGCGCACAGAGAGCCGAGGAAGUGGACCAGGCCUACAGCCGCAGUGCAGAGCAGGUCACAGAAGGUGCAGAAUUCCCCUGAAAAUGCAGCCAGGGAGAGAAGUCGUGUCCGGAACCUUCGGCAGGCCUUCCAGAGCCUCCAGGCUGCACUGCCAUCCGUUCCUCCAGACACAAAACUCUCGAAGCUGGACGUUCUGGUCCUGGCAACCAACUACAUCGCUCACCUGACCGAGACUCUGGACCAGGGAGGACGGCUGUGUGAUCAUCCUGCACUGCAGAGAGCUGAGGGCUACCUGCACCCUGUGAAGAAAUGGCCAAUGCGCUCUCUGCUGUACUGUGGAAGUAUGGGAGAGAGAUUGACGGCAGCACCCACCAAUCAGGAGGAGGCCCAUCCACCUGGGAGUUCAGCAGAGGUCAACACAGACUGAGCUUAAAGAGAUGGCUCAUGUAACAAUACAUGAAAUCCAUAUCUAAUAUCUACGUGUGUUUAAGUAAUGAGAAAGCUGACCAAUGGACAGAUUCAUUUGUGAAUAAUAUCUAUUUUGUCUGAUUAAAUUGACGUUUUAUUUUUUCAUUUUUAGAAUCACUUUUGAAAGAAUUAUUUAAAAGUUGAGACACAUUUGUGAAUUUACACCAAUCAAGCACAACAUUAUAAACACUGCCCACAGCACACCUCCCACAGGACACUGCCUACAGGACACUGUUGAUGGAUUAUUCUCAGUCCAGCAGUGACACUGAGAUGUUUAAAACCUUCAGCAGCACUGCUGUGUCAC